AUGAGCACAGACCCCUACGUCAACUUUUUCAGCGGCAAUCCGCUCAACCGCCUCUCCUGGUUGCGCACGUCCCAGCCAUUCCUCAACUCCAUCAUCCACGCUCCCUCCACGCGCUGGCUUGUAUUCAAUGACGGCCAGCCGCUUGCCCUCACCCCGCCGGACGAUUCCUCCUCCGCCGUCAAGCAGUCCCUCGCCCGCCUGCACACGCACCACGUCCGCCCCCUGCUCGGCCCAGAACCUUUUUUCGCCCAGGGCCAGAACGAGGGCGAGCUUGCGCCGGAGGAUGUAAAGAGCCUUGAGGCAGCUCGCUUGCGUGGUGCGCCCAUCCUCUUCCUCGGCCUGCACGAGACCGAGUCCUCGAUCGCCGCCGCCCUCCCGUCCACCGACUUCAGUGCGCACGCGGAUAUCAAGACCGUCAUAGACAACAUCAAGGGCGACGCCUACUUUUCUCUCGAUGUGACCGAUGUGCCCAAGGAGGAGGUCGAUGCGGUCCUCAAGGCCGCGGCGGUGGACGCUUCAGACUCUAAGCUGGCGUUUGUCGAGCCGAGGUCGGCAAUGACCACGCUAGAGCCGUUUGAGGGUGCCAUUUUCGCGGAGGCGCGAUGCAUGGUCGACUGGAACGCGCGCAACAAGUUCUGCCCCUCGUGCGGCUCGCCCGUUCACUCCGCAUGGGCCGGCUGGAAGCUCACAUGCUCAACGCUGCUCCCGUGGGCGGACAAUGCCGGCAAGAAACCGUGCCCGACCGCGACCGGCCUCAACAACUUUUCGCACCCGCGCACGGAUGCAGUGGUGAUCAUGACCGUGAUCAACGAGACGGGCGACAAGGUGCUCCUCGGCCGUAACAAGCGCUGGCCGGCCCUCUUCUACUCUUGCAUGUCCGGCUUCAUCGAGCCGGGCGAAUCGUUUGAAGACGCAGUCCAGCGCGAGCUGUGGGAGGAGGCCGGCGUGAAGGUCUGGGACGUCCGCUACCACUCUUCUCAGCCUUGGCCCUACCCGUCCACGCUCAUGGUCGGCUUCCACGCAACCGCAAGCUCCGACGAGCCGCUGCGGACGGACCUCGACAACGAGCUCGACGAGGCCCGGUGGUUCACACGCGAAGAGGUGCUCGCGGUGCUCGCCCACGCCGAGGGCACGCGCCUCUCGCGCGCAGACCAGAAGGAGCUCGCCGCCGCCGCCGAGAAGACGAACCCGAACGUGAACGAGGUCCCGUCCGCGUACGCCGCCGCUCAGGCGCCGACGCACCCGGCCGGGCCUCGCUUCAAGCUCCCGCCGCUCACCGCGAUAGGGGGCGUCAUCAUCCGCGAGUGGGCGCACGGGUGCGCGGGGCGGCAGCCCGCCGCUGCGGGGUCCGCCACCGUCACUGUCACUACACCCAAUGCGAGCCUGUGA